AACAAAAUAAAACAUGCAACAAGCAAUGAAAUUCUGGGUUCAAGACACCAAACCAGCUUGGUUACCUGAAGGAUUCCAAGUGCCAACCGAAAUGUUAACUCACGUUCAACAAUUAUGUAAAGAAGCCGAAACUGUGUAUAAUCAAGUCGAUUUGGAAGGUAAUGGCUUCUUGAGAAGAAGAGAAUUCAAGAAGGCAAUGAAGAGAUUGGGAAUUAACAAGUUUGAAGCAAGACACAUGUUGAUCUUUGUUGACAGAGAACGUCUCAAAGUUGUCAGUAUCAAAAACUACGUCAAUGCCUACUUAUUCAUCAAGAGUGGUGGCUUGAAUCACAUCAAUGCUGAUUAUCAAGGUCCACUCACUUCCUCAGUUGACCAAAGAACUCACAUGAACAAUACAGAUCCAGGAGAACCAUUCAAUUUCUCUCAAUUAACCAAAAGACAAUUAUCCAACACUACCCAACCACUCUCAUUCUUUGCUCAAAACAUGUUCCAACCAAUUCCUCGUCCAAAAACCAUCUACGGUUACACUCAAUCCAUGAAAGCAGCUAAUGGAAUGUAUCUCUGCUCUGAAAAUGGAAGAGUCAUUGCGAAUCGUCCAGUAGUUGGUCCAUGGGAGAAUUUCUUCUUUCACUCAGAUACAGAAUGGUCCAGUGAUUGGAAUUCUUAUUGUGCAUUGAGAACUCAUUGGAAUACUCUGUUGUGUUGUGAGAUGGAUAAUUCAAUUAUUGAUAAUAGAACUGUUGCUGGACCGUGGGAGAGGUUUACUGUGGAGAUUCCUCCUGGGGCUGGUGGUGGCAUUAGUUGUUACAAGUCGUGGACUGGACAUUAUUUGACAGCUGAUGCUUCUGGAAAUGUUUCGUUCAGUGCAACUAGUAUUGGUCCAAAUGAAACAUGGAUUUGUAAAGUACUUAAUGUUCUAUAUCUUUAAAAAGUUUAAUUGUAAUGUAAAUAUAAAUGAUUUAUUUUUCUUG